GGAGUUGGCCGGCGAGCUCCCACCGCGAAGCGCGCGGGCUGUGGCCCCUGGGCUCUGAGGGGAACGGUAGACACGAACCCCGCCUCAGGCGUAUGCUGUAAUGCGAAUUGGCAGUCCUAUGAAAAACUCCACUUUUUUAUUCUCCUUGGUAAAUUCACAAGUGCGAAAUCACACUUUCUCUAGAUUUACCCGGCUGUUGGGGAAGGGCUUUCGUUAGAAUUUUGCUACACGUGGUUGUACACACGCCACCAAGGGACAUAUUCAGAACGUUUAUUUUAAAGGGCAUAUCCUGUGGAGAAAUCUGGGUGUCCGUGAACCCUGGAAGAUCCGGACGCUUGUUGCAGUCCCACGCAUAAGCGGUUAUGCGGGUGCCUGCCGCCCCAUCCCCGAAGCUUCAAGUCGUGCGCCGACUCAACAACGAUUUCUGAAGCGCUCGUUGGGCUUGGCCCAGCAAGGGACUGGGAAAGUCGCCAUGGGCUCAGGGGGCCUCUCUCCUUCCAGUUCUGGCUCCGCCCACAUGUUCCUGUGAAGAAUGCUAUAUUGAAAAGAAUGCUGUGAAGAUAUUAAGGAAAACAAAGUAACUAUUUGUAGGAUACAUGAAACUAUAAAUACAACAGAUGAGGAAAUUGAUCAUUACUGUAAACAUAGUGAGGAGAUUAAAGACAACUGUAGAAACUGGAAGCCAACAUGUGAUGUUUUUCAUAAACAUGAAGAUUAUAUGCAGGAUCAACUUACUAUUUAUCAAGAAACUACUGAAAAAGACAAAGAAAUGUAUCAUGAUUAUAUACGUCAAUAUAAAGAAGUUUUGAAGCAAUACCAACUAAAAUACUCAGAAACACCCUUUUCAUGUGAAUAUUAUGAGAAGAAAAGAGAACAUGAAGAAAUUCAAAGCAGAGUGUUGGCAUGUACUGAACAAUUAAAAAUGAAUGAAACAAUUUUUAUGAAAUUUCGAGUGCCUGCUCCCUUUCCAUCACUUAUUAAAUGGACAUUAAACAUUGUUAAUUUGAGAUGUAAAACACAAGAUAUUCUUAAAAAUGCCAGCAAUUUUACCAAAAGUUCAUCUGAAUUGAAGAAAGAAGUAGAUGAAAUGGAAAUAGAAAUUAAUUAUUUAAACCAGCAGAUAUCUAGGCAUUAUGAAACUAAGGCUCUUUCAGAAACUCUGGAAGAAAAGAACAAAAAUGUAGAAAACAGAAAAGAACCGAAAGAAAGAAUUUUUGAAAAAGAUGAACAUGUACCUGCAUUUAAUAAAACUCAAAGCAGUCAAUUAUUUCUUCCUUAUGAAUCUCAGAAAUUAGUAAGACCAAUAAAGACGCAUUCUUCAGAACCAAGAAUUGCAGAUGUAAAAGAAGAAAGUUCUGUGAAUCAGUCAAAGCUUGCCAAUAUUGACUUCAGACAAAAAGAAAAUGAUACACAGAUGUUUAAUGACUCUGCUGUGGAUAACCAUUCAAAAUGUUCACAUAUUACGGCUAUCAAAAGUUCACAAAAGUUUAUGCAAGUCAGAUUGUUAACUCCACAGAAACAAUCAAAUUCCAAUCAGUGGUUUGAAAAAGGAGAUAAAGCAGAUGCUGAGUAUGGAGAUAAAGGGACAGUAAGACAAGUAAGAGAAUCAAAAUGUACUCCACAAGCUAUAUAUACUGAACAUUUUGGGAAGCCAAUAGAAAAUGAUAGUGACGAAGUAGAAGAGAGAGCUGAGAAUUUUCCACGAACAUCUGAAAUUCCUAUAUUUUUAGGAACUCCUGAAGCUGUGAAAGCAUCUGAGUCAUUGGAGAAAAUAAAAUUCCCUAAAACCCCACCGUUCGAAAUUAACAGAAAUAGAAAUGCAGUACCUGAAGUUCAAACACAAAAGGAAUCCCCUGGACUUUCUUUUCUUAUGAGUUAUACUUCUAGAUCACCUGGAUUGAAUUUAUUUGAUUCUUCUGUAUUUGAUACAGAAAUCUCGUCAGAUCAGUUUAAUGAACAUUAUUCUGCAAGAAAUCUAAAUCCUCUGUCAUCAGAGCAAGAGAUUGGAAACUUAUUUGAGAAGCCAGAAGGAGAAGAUGGCUUUACAUUUUCUUUUCCAUCAGACACUUCAACUCAUACAUUUGGAGCUGGAAAAGAUGAUUUUAGUUUUCCAUUUUCAUUUGGACAGGGUCAAAAUUCAAUACCUUCUUCUUCUUUAAAAGGUUUUUCAUCUUCCUCACAAAAUACAACACAGUUUACUUUUUUUUGAGCUAGUCAUUAAUUCCUUGAAUUAUUUUACUGUUCUGUAUUCAUGAGGGCAUAAAUUUACAUUAUUGCUUAAAACAUGAAGACUGCUUUAUUUUGUUGAUUAAAGCAGUAAUGUUUACAUUGUUUGAUUAUAUUUAUUGAAAUAUUGAAAUACUGAAUAUUUUGGGUUUUGUGUGUGCUAUUAACUAAUUUAUUUUGGUUUGGAUUUUGUGAGCCAUGUUCAGGUAGAACUUUUAUUAAUCUUAAUAUAAUUUGAGGCUUUUUUCAUUACUCUUUAUUUUAAAUAUUAAGCCUGCUUCUCCUUGGAACCUAAGGUUUUUUCUGGUAGUAUUGUUGGUACUUUGAUAAGAACAAGAACUGCAGUAGUAACUCCAGAGUUAGUGCUGAAGUGUACUGUAGCUACUAAGAAUUUCUUUUAAAAUUAUUGGGAUUCACUUCUGCUUCACUAUGUAGUAUACAGAGUGGUACUAUAAUAAUAAUUUCAAAUAAUUUAUGUUAAUAACAAAAUCUGUGUUAUUUUCUUCUAAUAUAACACAUGGUACAAUUCUAAUUUUAUGAGUCAUGCUAAUGCCUUCAAUGGAUAAAAAUUAAAUGUGAAGGGCAAGAGUAAUUUCUGAAAAUUGGAUUGUUGUAUCAGUGGUGAUCCUGUUAAUGUUUUUUGCUUAAAUAUUUUUUGAGGAACAUUUAAAAUUUUGUCUCCAUCAAUAAAAAACAAUUUCAUCUUUA